UUUCUAAGUGCAUUUCCCGGCGCAACAUCAAACCGUAGUGACUGGCUCAUCUUGUUCCGAAUUGAAUCAAAAAGUGAAGAGCAACCAACAUGGACGCACACGAAUAUAGAGAUAGAGGCAAGAAAAUGAUUGACUACAUAGCGGACUAUUUGGAGAACAUACGCGAGCGCGACGUUUUUCCUCACGUGCAACCGGGUUUUUUGGUCUCUGCCCUCCCCGACAAUGCUCCUGAGGAAGGCGAGACUUUUGAAGACAUCUUUAAGGACGUAGAGUCUCUUAUUAUGCCUGGGAUCACGCAUUGGCAAAGUCCUUAUAUGCAUGCGUACUUUCCUGCCCUCAACAGCUAUCCGUCACUUCUGGGAGACAUGCUGGCCAAUGGAGUGAAUUGCUUAGGAUUUACAUGGGUGAGAUAAACUGUAAAAAUCAGUUCACAAGGACUCAAACCAACACUUUUUAAGGUUAUAUUUGAUUUUGAUUGUGAGCAUCUGUAAUUAUUCCAGUACUUCAUUCUAAAAGGAGCCUUUUCAUAAGUCACAAACCUCGUACCAAACAUUGCUUGAUCAAGCCUUUACUCUUUUGGCUUAUGGAAGUGUAGCCAACCAUAUCUUUGAAUGCCAUUUAAUCAUUGAUUAUUAUCAUUCUUUAUUGCGACAGAUUUGUCAUUGGUCUAUUAGUAGAUUUACAGGUUUACAUGAUGACAUUUGUUCCCAACUGUAUGGUGUGUUCUCUAUAGAGGUUUUGGGUUAGUCCAAGGACCCAGAAAUGAUGCCCAUUUUCGAAACGAAGG